AUGUCUAUGUUAUGCAAGUACAAAGAAGAAUUCAUACACUGGGAUGUUAGCAGUGAAAUGCUUCACUUUGAUUUCUAUGAGCAACGACUUGGCCCUAAUGCCACAUUGCAUUUCUAUGAGAUAGCACACAUGCCAAAUCCAUUGGCAACCCUCUUUAUGAAUGAAUUUAAUUUGGUUGAGACUUGCAGUGAUGUGAAUUCCUCAGUUGAUACCUACAUUUCAAGGAUGAGAGAACUCGAACGUGGUGGUGUUUCAAUGGAUGGGAUUGGUUUAGAAGGUCAUUUUACCAUAGCAAACCCUUCUUUGAUGAGAGCUAUUCUAGAUAAGUUGGCCACAUUAGGUCUUCCCAUAUGGCUUAUACAGGUGGAUAUUAGCUAUACACUUGGUCAAGAAGCACAGGUGAGCAAGCAAGGACGGAACCAGGAUUCGAAGUUGGGAAGGGCAAAGUAUAAAUACAAAAAAGUUUAUGAAAAUCAAAACUAA